UGUUAUGACAUUUAACUUAUUUACCAACUUUUCAAUUUUAUAAUUCAUAUUUUUACAGAUUUUCCUCAAUAUUAAACUGGUGCAUUCAGCUCACCUGAAUAUGGAUAACGCUUCAUAGUGUUACUUAUCAGUGCUGAUAUAUUUUUAUUGUAAUUUUGUUACUUUACCCGAGAAAUGAAUGUAUUAAAGUCUAUGUUCGGAGGUGGUUCAGGAUCGACUGAAAAAGGGGAGGUUCACGACACAGUGAGGAGAAUAUUCGGCAAUGAGAUGCUGCUGAAGGACAACACGCAUGACCACGACUCACAGAGAAGCAAAUACCUCGGCCAUAUAAAGGAGAAUCUGAGCAAAAUGUUGGACACCAAGGUGGCGGCUCCCUCUCACAAAUCUAAAUCUAAGAAACACACUCCCGUGCCAGCUGAAGGGCUGAAUCCUGAUGCAGCCGAUGACCGACCCGGCAGGAUCGGGCCGAAAGUAGUUGUCUUCGAUGCUUCUACCGCCUACCAAUAUGACAAUAAGCUGUACGUUAGAAUAGGCACAGGGCGCCUGGUGCUGGUGGGUGACGAGCGGGUGAGCGUGCAGGGGUUGUCAAGCUUCGCCACGAUCCGGGCCACGGCCUGCGCGUUCGCGGGCCGCUGGAUGUAUGAAGUGCAGCUUGGCACUAAGGGGAUUAUGCAGAUCGGCUGGUGCACGUCAGCCUGCACAUUCUCCAUGGACACGGGAGUGGGGGACACGGCCAAUUCGUACGCGUACGACGGCGGCCGCGUGCGCAAGUGGAACGUGGUCACCGCGCCGUACGGGCAGGCCUGGCUGCCGGGUGACGUCAUCGGGUCUUGUAUCGAUCUGGAUAAAGGGACCCUGGAGUAUUACAGGAACGGCAAGUCUCUAGGCGUGGCGUUCGCCCAGGUGUCGCACGGCGCGGGGCUGGCGUACUUCCCCGCCGCGUCGCUCGCCAUGCAGGAGCAUCUGUACGCCAACUUCGGACACGUUCCUUUUGUGUUCCCAGUGGAAGGGUUCGCUCCUCUCCAAGCGGCGCCGGCGCGGGACUGCGCGAAGGCCGCCAUCUUGUUCAAGUCUAUAGACGCUCUCCUUGACGAGCUCGGUCGAGUCACGGACGCACCGGUCACUAACAAGUCCAGCAAGACGAAAUCCGAGGGUUCCCGGAGUCCAGAAGGAGAGAUAGCACUAAGGAUACACAGCCGCGACUCAGCAUACUCGGCGCCCCCGCCGUCCCCGACCAAGGACCCCCAGUCCCCGCCCGCUGGCGUGCCGAAUAGCGAUGCCAAUGCCAAACGGAUGUCCAAGAAGGCGUUCCUGGUCUCCCUGGCUCGUAUCCUGGUGACGGAGCUGGGGGCCUCCCUGCGGCUCUCGUACGUGGUGGUGGCCGAGCUGCUGCCGCGGUUCCGGGGAGCCCUGGGGCUGCGGGCCAACGGCAAGAAGACUGAUGACGUCGCCAGACAGUUUUAUAAUGAAGCAAAGGACGCGAACUUUGUGGACCUGUCCUCGAAGUUCCUCAGCCAGCCUCAGCGGCGGCUCUGCUCGCUGCUGGACCUGCUCUGGACCUUCCUGGAUGAGGCGGCUCUCUGUGACGUGCUGGAGCACUGCGUCAUACGCGAGUGUCUGCUCUACGACCUGGUCUCACAGGACAUGUCGUUCUCGGCGCAGCUGCAGGGCGUGUUCGUUCUGUGCGGGCUGAUGCAGCACCGGGAGACCAGGCACCACCUCGUCAAAUACGUCUUCUUCAACAAAAUCACGUUCGACAACUUCCUGAACGUGAAGUGUCCGGACGAGGCGGUGCUGCGCGCGCUGGUGCGGCGGCCGUGGUGGCGCCGGCCCACCUCCGUUCAAGGGGAGACCGACCCCAGGAUCGCUGAAAUGGCUGAAAAGGGCACCAUAGAGCGACCGAAAUGUCCGGCGCCAGAAAAAGUAUUGAAAUCAAAGCCAUCGCUCCAAGAAGACGCCCUCAUUGAGAAACAAUACAGAGAAGAUUGUUUUAAGAUCACUAAAGCUAUAGAACCUUUGGAGGAGAUACAGUUGCAGUUCCUGCUGAUGCUGCUAGACAACACUGACGGCACCAACAUGGUUCCCUCCACACGCAAGAUAUUCCUCGAGAAGUUCCGGAGAUACAUCAUGGACAAUUGCAUUCUUGAUAUGAGGUUGUUCAACAUAUCGCGCAACUCCCCGGCGAUCUCGUGGUGUUGCCAUGCGCGCCUGCUCUCCGCCGUGUUGAGAUUGCAGCGGGAAAACCCGUUGGGAAAACCAAACGUCCCGCCUCAUAUACCCACAAGGACGUUUAUCGACGGUGAACUGGACUUCUACAACGUGGACAGACUCGGAGGCGUCCUGCCGUUCCUCGUCAGGACGUUGCGGAAAGAGCUGAUAGAAGUCCUCGGCGAAGACAACCCGUUCAUCCAGAGCUUCGAGCCGAGCUACAACCGCGCGGGCGGCGUCGACGCGGGUAUCAGCUCCCUUAGAACCCUCACGUCCAUCACUGCCCAGAUCCAUGACCUCCUAGGUGUGAGCGACAUGCCGUCAGCCGGCUCCCCGGGGCUGGCGACGCUGCCUCAAGUCAUAUCCUCCAUGGCCCGGUUCAUGCAUCCGCAGACUCUGCCUAUGCAAAAUAGCUUCGUCCUAACCAGGCCGACGGGCGAGACGGCGCUGGCGCUGAAGGGCACCCGCUCCGUGAUGCCCGGGGCCGGCAACGUGGACGCCAGGCACGCCCACCUGCGAUUGGUGGACGGACUGCUGGCGUUGUAUCAUGGGACGGCUGUUAAACAUGCUGAAAAGCUGUGCGAGCUGCGCGACAACCAGCUGGACAUGGCGGACUGCCUGCACGACAUCGAAAACAGGAUCCUCGCCGUCAGCCACGACCUGAGCACCCUGGGGAAAGACCAGGAGUUGUCGCAACAGGACCAGAGCAAGAAACUGCUGAUGGAGAGGAUGCUGGCUGAGCUGGAGAUGUCUCGGAGCGUUUAUGAAGAGAAGCUAGACGCCUCAGCCCUGCAGAUGUCGUGGGUGAUCGGCGCGGUGUGGACGGGGCGGAGACAGGCGGAGCUGGCGACGCACUUCGCCGGGGCGCUGCACUCGCUACGGCUCGCGUCUGACAGCGACUAUGUGGCGCAUCAUCAGGUAGCCAGUAAGGAAAUUCUUCCAGGAAAAAGUUCCUUGAUCAAAGAUGGCAGCUACGAUUCCUUAAAUCUUAAGUAUUCCUCGGACUCCAAUCAAAGAGUGAAUGUCAACAGUACGAGUCACUCGUCGACGCCUCAUGCCGAGUCCGAGGCUGUGGACCCGGCAACACCAUCCCCCAGGGUACCAGGCGCGCAGGAGUUCUCGGAGUGUCUGUUCGCGUUCGUGCCGGAGUACCACGUGGACGCCGCGCUGGAGCUGGGCAACACGCUGCGGCUGUACCUGCACCCCACCGUGCCGCUGCACCAGCUGCCAGAAUGGGAGGACCUAGUAGUGUCCUGUGCAGCGUUCCUCUGCGCCGAGUUCGCGGACCCUCGCAUCGUGCUGGCCAGCACGCGGGAGUCGCUGGUGCAGACACUGGCCUCCUUCGCCACGCAGCCGGCCACCAUGAGGGCGAUUGAACGCGUGCCUGUUAAACAACAGAUGUCGAUGGUGCGCGAGCUGGUGCGUCCGUACCAGGCGCGCGCGUGGGCACAGUCCAACUGGGUGCUGGUGCGCUUCUGGCACGGCUCCGGCUUCGGCUUCCGGCAUAGGCAGUGGCCGCAUCUCGCCGCCAAGUAUGGCGAUAGAGAACCCACGGUGAACAACUUGGGCGCCAAAGUCGACGCUGGUCUUAUGAGUCAAUGUUUCGGUCCGUGCCCUUCGGAAGUGAUCCAAGGCAGGUUCCGUGAGUACCUCUCGGCGCACCCCAAGGAGGCGGCCGCAUUCCUCAACUCUCUCCUCAGCCAGCUCAACUGGGCCUUCUCCGAAUUCAUUACCAUGAUGCAAGAGAUGGAUCGCGUAGCAGUGGACGCGCAGCUGGAGUCCCGUCAGAUCAAGCUGUGCGCCACCUGCUUCGACCUGUACCACGGGCUGGCGCGGGCCCUGGAGAUGACGCUGUGCCUGGCGCCGAGUCUGCUCACCAAGCCUGAGGCUAGCGAUAAACAGAACGAGCUGCUGCUGGGCAGGACUUGUCAGAUCCUGAUGGCAGUAAUCUCCCGGGUGUGUGUGCGCGGCGGCGGCGGCUCGGCCUUCGCCCGGCUGGUGGCCCGGGGGCUGCCGGACACGGACCGCGUGCACUACUACGUGGCGCUGGCGCCCGUCGCCGGGUGUCUGGUCCGGGUGCUGGACCCUAAGCUGCCGGCAGAGCAUCUGGAUAAGGUGACAAAGGCUCUGGUAUCGGAGCCACUAUUCCGAAUUGAUGGUCUCGAUUUCAUGGUGGGAAAAGGUCGAGAUAGAUUUUCUUUUUACAAAUACCCAGAAGACGUCUCCCUGGAAGAGAUGGCAGCCCUCGAAGAGGUAGUGAGCCGGCUGCGGGGGGCCAAGGAGGCGGCGGCGCGGACCGCGUCCCCCCCCUCUAGCGGCGCGCAGUCCGACCUGCUGUGCACCAUCUGCUAUGCGAGACCAGCGGACACGGCCUUUGUGCCGUGCGGGCAUCAUUCUUGCAGAUCGUGUAUCUUGCAGCACCUAUUGAACAGCAAGCAGUGUUUCUUCUGCAAGGCUGAAAUCGACUCUGUCAAAGAAAUCGAACCAAAUAACUGAAGUGAAGUAAUAAUAUUAUAAUUAGAUAGUUAUACUUACCUGGAAUCAAUUGAUGUGAUGGUAUAGUUUAGAUUCUUGGGAAAGGGCCCCUUUUGUUUGCCCAAGGGUUAAGGGGUGUCCAUUUUGAAAUAAAUGGCUUACCACUUAUAGUGAGUCAAGAUGAUGGAGACAAAUGAAAUAUUUAUAUUGUUUAUGUUUUAGAACGUAUUUUACUUAGUUACUUAUAUAUUUUACAAGGUUAUAUAAACCUUUACAAUAAAUGCACUUAUAUUACAA